GCAGCGGCUGCAGCGAUGGCUGCCAUCUAUUCAGGUAUCCACCUGAAACUGAAGAGUCCUCAGACUCCAUGGGAGGACAAGUUAAAGCUGGCACGUUUUGCCUGGAUCUCCACUCAGUGCCUGCUGCCCAACAAAGAACAGGUGCUGUUGGACUGGUGCACUCACGCUCUGACAGGCUGGUACAAUCAGAAGGUGGAGUUUUCUCAGAAUGUUUUGGAGGGACUGUGGUGUUACCUCGACAAUCUGCUUCACAGCAGGAAGCUCUACUCUCUCCUCAAACAGGGCAAGACCAUCAGCCUGAGGCUCAACAUGGCACAGCUUCUGCUUGAGCGUCUCCAGGAGUGUGCGCAUGUUGGCUCCAAGUCACCAGUGUGUGGGUCCACCAUACUGAGUGUGUGUCAGGGCCUCCUGUCUUCUCCUGCGCUCUCAUCUGUCUUCACCACCAAGUAUGAACUCAUGGUCGAUCUCCUGGCUAAGCUCUGCUCUUUGGCCUGCUGUGAGCUACAAAAGCCAUCACUCACAGAACCCCUAAUGGCUGAAUCUAUUGUAUGUAGAGAUGAGGUGAUGACCGAGUGUCCUCAAACUCAGCUUAUUAGCAAUUUGGACAGUUUCCAAUAUGAGCCGAUUACUGAAAGUUCUCCAGGUCAGCCAGAAUUGGAUGCUUAUAAAUCCCCUCCCAAGACGAAGGAAAACCUCCAGUCAGCACAUUUAUUUGACUUAUUGCUUCAGGCGCUGUCAUGUUAUUUGUCAGUUCAGCGACAACAAGCCAAUCCUAACAGAGUCUUUACUAUGGUGACCAACCAGCUGAUCCAGACGUUGGUGCUACUGAGACACCUUCUGACCUCUGGAGAAUUUGCAUCUUCUCACACACAUCUGGGUCUACGUCAGCAGCUGUGCAGAGACAUCCGCAUCAAGAUAGACUCCAUCCUUCAGCUGGCUCUCUUUCCCUCUGAGCACCUGACCUCCUACAAGGAGGAGCUCCUUCCAUCUAAAGAAGAUUCUGGGAAACGAGGUCCUGGAGGGGCAAAAGGCCCCUUAAAGCCAGUCAGUGCCAUACUUUCCAAACUAAGCACUCAGGGCUACUGUGAGCCGACCUUACACUACACUGUGAAGUCAAACACAUUGACUCUGCUGUUUAAGUUCUUUAUGGAAAGCUACGGAAAAGGCAGAGGAGAGAGUGAGGAAGUGCACAGGAUGCUUUGUUUCUAUUUCCUUGCCAGGUUGGUCCCGGCCUUGGACGUGGGUCUUGAACGACCCUCACCCUCACUUGACAAAGCAGCCUCCCUCUGCUCCCCAGAGAGCUGGAGCCUGGCUCUGCUGGCUGUGGAGUCCCUGCUAAGCCAGGCUCUGUCCGCUGAUAUUUACAAUGUAGCAGCAGACAGGAUUAGACACGGAGAGGUCCAGCUCAAGUUUUACAGAGCCAUGGGACAAAUGCUCUUCAACCAGGCUCAACCAAGCAUCCCAGCAUGGUACCGUUGUUUAAAAGUUCUGUUGAGUCUCAACCAUCUGAUUCUUGAACCAGACCUGGACCAGUUGUCAUCCUCAGCCUGGGUUAAUUCUGAAUGCAUGGAAGCGCGAGUGCAACGGGCCAGACAGCUCAUGGUGUGCAGUCUCCUCCAGACAUACACUAAGCUUCGUCAGCUGCCUCGCCUCUUCUCCGAGGUCCUGCCUGUGAUCUGUCAGCCGGCCCUGGACCACCUUCGACCGCCUUUGCUGUCUGAGGGCAUCUCCACCUCCCUCAGGACUUGUCUCCUGGAUACUCCGUCUUCCCAAGUCCUAGAGAUCUGCUCAAUAGUGUUGGAGAGCAUCAGGAGGUAUAUACUACCUGACCUGAAGGAGGAAAGAACAGCAGAGAAGAUGGAGAUUGAUGGGGGUAGAGAUGAUAAAGGGGUGAAUACAGAAAUUAAGGUGGACCAAGAGAAAGAGGCUGCAUCUCUGAAGCUAUUCUCCCUCAGCCAGCUGCUUCAUGUUGUUUUGUUUAGUCUGAAGACUCUAGACAAUGCUUCUCCUCUUCCCUUAGUUAGGCAAAGUCAGGUCCUUAUGGAGGAGAUGCAACAGGUAGUCAAGGAGUUACAUCUGUUGACAACCAGAAAUAAGGCUGUAAAAACAAAUAUGAGUUCAGUUCAAAGGACCCCAAGUAAAGGCAAAAAGAAAUUGGACCACAAAGAGCCAAAGCAGGUCUCACAGGUCUCAGUGACAACGCUGUGGGAACAGAAGACCCAGGAGGCAGCUCUCCUCCUCCGGUACACCUGUGUAGAAGUCAGCACGCUCUUCUACAUCCAUUGCAGCAAAUACACAGCUCUCGGCUCAGCUCAGACAGCAGCUGCGAGUGAGACUGCAGUCUGCGCUCCGGCCCUAACCCAAAUAGAAAAUCUUCUGUCUGGUGAGAGUUUUCCAGCACGUCUACAACCAUCCUGCAGCCCCAUGAGCUGCUUGCUGCUCAAACUCCUCACUUUGCAACAGAUGAAGAAGGUUUUGUUAGACACCCCCUUACUUUCUGAACCCAGUGCUGCCACACUACUUAAUGGGGCAGCCCAGUUUAUUGUGGCUAAAUCAGACUUCGAGGUGAGUCCGGAUGGAGAGCAGGUAUGGGACGGGCAGAUCGGGAGCGUGAAUGCCUGCUCCUACCCUGUAGCACACUGGUAUCACAUCACAUCCAAUUUGCCUUUGAUUGCUCCCUACCUGAGCAGAGAAGAUGUGGGCUGUAUAGCAGAUGCACUUGUCGGUUCACUCCUCAGCAGACAGACAGACGGAGGAAAGGACCUGCCGCCCGGCUGUCUGACUGUCUCCCUCAUAUCUUUACAGCUUCUCCAGAGCCCCAUUCUCGCUGAGUUGCCUGCACUGUUCUCUGCUACAGUUCGUUCCCUCACACAAAGCAUCAUUGGUGUCCUCAAGGCAGCACAUGUACCCAAGGUUUGUCCUAGGCUCCUGAGGUUUCAGGAAAAAGGAAUUGGAACGAGCCCUUUGAAGAGAGAUGCCAGUCAGCCUCUGACCACACUUGUGGAAAAGGAGACUAUAGUUGAGGAUAUAUUAGCAUCUUCUCAGACUGGAGAGGUGGCUGUUUUGCUGACUGACACACAGAGCAAGGAACUGGUAAAUUUACUCCAAAUCUUAACACACCUAAACCCAGAUGGGAUGAACUCUGAGGAUCUCUCCUCUACUUUCCUCCUUCUCCUCUUCAUACUCACCUCCACCUUCAGUCAGUCAGACCAGAUGGCUGCGGACUCUCCUGAAUCUGGAGAUGAUGCUGUACUCCUGGUGAAGCUGCUCAGGAUCCUGACUUGUCUCCUGGAGUGUAGAAACUUCCAAAGUGUUUUGAAGCUCAUCCAUGGUGGCACUUUGCUGCAGGCUGUCGUGUCUUCUCUCCUCUGGCAUAGCAACAAUGGAAGAUUCCGAUCCACAUGCAGCCCUGAUUGGUUGGAUUUAAUCAAAGUAGUGCAGGGCUUCAUCAGGUGCUCGGUUCAGUUGAUUAUAGUCAGAAACAGCAGCGUUCGACUCAACCUGGACCAGUUCACCUCCUUUCUCACCAUUAAGGAAAUGGCAAGCAGGCAAAUUGUGGCACCAGGUUCAGCAUCAGGUAAAUCAGAUCCAGGAGCAUCCAUUUUGUCUGUUCAUCUCCUGCUGGCAUCGCUGACCACUUUCUCCAAAGCAGUGUCCUCUAACCUGGGAAGAAGUAAGCCAAUGGAUCAAACUUUAGUCCAGAUGCUCACAAGAACAGCUGCUUCACUGGGACCAGCUGUUGAGUCUGUCCUGAAGCCCCAGACUGUCAGUCAGUCAGUCAUCCAGCCAGCCAGCAUCCUCGGUCAAGCCUUUGUAGUAGAAGUUGUCACUGUCAUGCUGCACUGUGAACUGUCCUCACUCUCUGUGGAGGAAGCGAACAACCAGAAUGACGCCAAGCUCAGUCAUAUGAGCCUGUAUCAGGGCAUCUGCCAGCAGAUCCUCAAAGAAAUAAGCUCUGCAGACAGGCCCAUGGACUUCCUGGUUUCCUCUCUCCAUUUCCUGUCAGCGUUCUACAAAGCAGUGACAGGAGGACGUAGGGAGGAGGAACAAGGAGAGGAGAUGAAGGGAAGAAAGGAGUUGGAUGAGCUGUACGUGCAGAUACUGCAGAAUGUGCACAAACUGCUGACAGCUUCUUGGCUGACUUCAAAUCAAGUUUGUGAGCUGGAGCCAGCUGUGCAGGAGCUGCUGUGCCACCUAGUGGAGAAAAGUAGUACAGGUCAGCUCAACCUGCUGCUGCUGAUGAUCAGAGAGGGACUGGACGCUGGCAAUUUGAGGGCAGGAAACUACAGGGAAGUGCUAUCUGCAGUAAUCAUCAUUAAGCUGCUGUUCUGCUGUCAGUUACCUGAGCCCUGCUCUAAAGCUCUGUGGCUCACUGCACCACAGAUUAUAUCUGCUAUGGUGUUCUUAGUAAGAUCAUCCAGUCAGGACGCCUCUCUGACCCUCCCCUUUACCGUUCCUACGGUGAUGUCACUGACAUCACUGCUGCGCCAAGGGGAGGGGCUCGUCACCAACCCUCAUCAUGUGAUCUUGGCCCUUGGAGCGCUCCAGUCGGUGCCCCUCGACCGCUUGACCCCACUCAUCUACCAGUCGGCGUUCCUGGCUGUUCAUGAGGCGUUGUUUGCCAUCAUCCAGUGUCACCCUCAGGUGAUGUUGAACGCAGCGCCAUCAUUCUUAAAUGUCUUCCAUCGUCUGGUGGCAUCCAUCAUGCAGGAGGGUCGGCAGAGGGGAGACGGUGACACAGGUCCAGAGAGUGACGUGUAUCUCCAGUGCUCCAGAUUGAUAGAAAGGAUGUACUCUCACAUUGCUGCCACAGCUGAAAGCUUCACCACACUGUCGGCCUUCAUGGUGGCUCAGUAUGUCACAGAACUGCAGAAGGUAACUCUGCGACCAGACAUUAAGCUGCAUCUGACAGAGGGAAUCUAUCAGAUUCUGGACCUAUGUAUGGAGCAGGAUAUCAAGUUUCUGACGGCCGGCCUGCAGUUGGGAGUCAGGGAGGUGUUCAAUGAGCUGUACAGCAGCUACACCCAUUACCACAAAGCACAGAGGCAAGGAGAGGACAAGUACACAGUUUGACCUGCCACAGCAAGCACCAUCAACGUCUGGUGUAGUUUUCAGUUUUAUUAAGUUUAAAUAUGUUUUAAAUAAGCAUAAAGAAAGAUGUAAUUUCUGCUGUUGAAUGUGAAAUCUGACAUAACAGCUUGUGGAUACCAUAUGAUGUAAACACAGUUGUCACUGAGAGAGCUCACAGUAGAUUUGUUUUGUCUCCUCACACACAGUUUUUCUUAAAGAUCAGAAAUCCUACAGCUGCAGUAUUCCUUCGAUUUCUGCACCUAAGCACAACAUGAUAAUCAAUAUGAAUGAUUAAUAUUUAAAGCUGAAAAUAGUUAAGCCUGGCAAGAGUUACUCCAGAAGGGCCUGAGGUAUGACCAGACCCACAGACAUUAAGAACACAGCUGUAAUAGAUCACUUUGGUUACACCCUGUACUGUAAAUAUACAUGAAAGCAUUUCCUCUGCAGACUUGCCUCUCACUGCAGCCAGGACACAUGAUGUGUAAAAUGUUUAUAUUAUAAUUUAAAGAAACUGCUUUCAGUUUUUUACGAAAAUGUAAUGAUUUUACACAGAAACUGAAACAUAAAGCAGUCUGUUUAAUUUUUAAUCAUUUUGUGCACAGUGUUGUUUUAUAUCUAUGUAUGUGUUUAUCUGUCUGUCCGCCCGCCCACCAUGGCCGCUGUCACACUUUUUAAGACACGAAAGAAGACACAAAUGAAUAAUAAAAUAAUGCAGUCAUUGUGGUUUCAGUAUAAAACGAAGAGAAGAAAUGAAAGUUGGAUUUAUGGAAUCUUACAGGUUUUAAUGGAGAUGCUAUGGUUCCUAUUAUCACAUCUCUCAUUUGAAGCUAGCAUUUCUGUGGGUGUUUAGUGCUUUAGUCGCUGCAACAGGACAGUAAAUGUCUGCUGUAACUUUCUGGAUCUACUGUAUGUGUUUUAGUCCAAAAAAUACAAAAACCCUCAGAAGUUCAAGUGCAGUUAUUGAAAGAGACUAUUUGAUAAGUGGAAGGCUCUCCUGAUUACUAAUAACAAUGAACAAAACUUGCUAUAAAUGUGUCACUGCGAC